GCGCCAAAACAUUGCUUGCCAGCCGCCCUUAAACAGAAGAAGAAGAAGAAGACGCCACCGGAACAGUCUAGAAAUCACUUUUCCGGAGGCCGAACGAUCAGCUCUGGUGAACAUGGGCCGCCACUUUGGAGAUCUGGCCAAGGUCAGACAUGUGAUCACCUACAGUCUGUCGCCCUUUGAGCAGAGGGCGUUCCCCAACUACUUCUCAAAGGGUCUCCCCAACGUGUGGAGGAGAUUCACAGGCUCUUUCUUCAAAGUUGCCCCCCCCAUGGUCCUCAUGUAUCUGACCUACAGCUGGGGCAACAGUGUUCAUGAGAAAAGCAAGAAGAAGAAUCUGGAUGACUAUGCCAAGGAUGAAUGAACAUUUGCACCCCCUUACAAGCUGCUCUGCUAUCUUUAAAUCUUUGUAACCAAUAAAAUGCUAAAUAAAUUUGUGAAAACAG